CACACUCCCUGCACAGACGGUACCUAGAGCGGCUACUGAAGCGAAGUUUUCUAUUAUCUAAUCAGAAAAGCAGCUAUGACAUACUACAAGGAACGAGGGAUCAGUUUUCCAGAUGGACUUGUGCCGCGUUCCAACCUGGAACUCAUGAAAACCUUUGAUAUCAGAGAGGAAGACAUAAUAUUUCUCACCUACCCCAAAGCAGGCACUUUUUGGAUCCACCAAGUGAUUAAACAAAUUCUGGCCUCGGAGGGAGUUCAGGAUGAGAAGUAUUUGACAGACGUACCCAACCUUUUAGAGUUCACCGUUCCGGGAAUAGGCGCCCUGGUGGAAUUGUUAAAAACUGCACCGUCUCCUCGGGUCAUGGGAACGCACGUCCCCGUGGAGUUCCUUCCGCCUGGUUUGCUCGGUUCCAAGGCUAAGAUAGUUGUGAUGAUGAGGAAUCCCAAGGACACUGCAGUCUCCACCUUCCACUUCUAUCAGAAAAUGUCUUACAUGAAGACCCCUGAAUCAUGGGAUAGCUUCGUUGAAGAGUUCCUUGCUGGCGACUGUGCGUGGGGGCCUUUCUAUGACCACGUCCUGGGGUUCUGGAAACUGAAGGACCACCACAACAUCCUCUUCCUUAAGUAUGAAGAUAUGAAAAAGGACUUGCCGGCGGAAGUGAGGAAACUCUCCUCCUUCCUGGGCAGACCGUUGACUGAAGAGGCGGUACAGGCAGUGGUCAGUGCAACUCAGUUCGACUCCAUGAAAAAGACUCUAGGACAACAAAGUGCACCUUGGGCAAGAAAGGGAGUCAUCGGAGAUUGGAAGAACCACUUCAGCGAUGAGCAGAGCCGAGCUUUUGAUGAUCAGUACCGCGACAGGCUGUCCAACACUGGGCUGGAGUUUGAAUUCGAGUGAUAAGUUAACUGCGAAGUCAUACAUUUACGCCGUAACUGUACACUGUGUAUGUAACAUUACAUGUCAUGUGAUAAGAUGCUUUCAAGCAAAAGUAAUGGGGUCUAGAUCUGCUGACUGUCUAAUGGCAACUUUCUUUGUCAAUCAUACUUCUAAGGUGUUUUAUAUCAACUUUCUAGCAUUAACAUUAUCGUAUACAACUUAAGUAUUAAAGAGAUUUUAUGAUUACAUGAAUUCACAAUGUAAACAGAUAAGUUAUGUAUGUCCGUCAGAGUUUUACAUGCACACAGUGUUGCAGACUCCAUAUUUAAAUGUUGGAGUAAAGACACAGUUACGCGGGUCACCGCUUUGCCUAUGCACAUAUGCAUACGCCCGACAAAAAAGCCGUUAAACUUUAACCCUAACGUUAAUCUUUGACGCUACUUGUCUCACACACACCCUGUGCACAGACUACGGUACCUAGUGCGUCUACUGACGUGAAGGUAAGCAACACUUACA